UAAUUCUUUAAAUAACAUAAAAUAAUUCAAAAUAAUGUUUUUAUCAGCUGUGAACUAAUAAUACUGUAAUAAUAAGUAAACCCAGAAGAAAUUUAACACUUUAUAGCCCUACAAUCACAGAAAAUUUUUAAGCUAAUGUCAGGUUACAUAUAUUUUCUUGCAGAUAAGAAUGAUCAAUAAAGCAUAAAACAUAGCAGGAUGUAAUUUUUUUUUAGGAUGUAAUUUUUAUGUAGAAUGAAAAUAUAAGUAUUGGGAAAAAAUGAAAUUUUAAAACUUCCAACUGUUAAAGAACUUGUUUGGGUACUUUUUAGUGGAUGAUUAUAGUAUCAAACUGCUCUAAAAUCCAACUCCACUUGAUACAUUUAAAAGCCUGAUAUGAGUUUUAAAUGUCAGUAUUUAUGACCAGAAAUCAUGUCUUUUGUACUACCUUAAAUGUAAGAUGAAAAAUUUUAGUUAUCAACUUUAAAAUAUGAGGAACGCAGCUUUUAAAAAUGCUUUUUGUCUACUGAUGAAGACCACUGCCUGGAGUUAAGGACUGUCUUGGGCCCUGAGUCAUACGGAUGGGUCCCCAGGAAAAUGGCAGAGGCAGGUAACUAAAUAAGCAGCCCCACCAAGCUGACUCCAAGCUCUUUCCUUUCCUAGAGCCUUCCUGAGCCUUUGCUCCUGAGAUUUGCCCUCCAACCUCUGGGUGGAGCGCCCAUGGAAAGACGGGAGGAAGAGCCCAAAGUCCUACAGGCACAGAAGCUGGCAUAGUACCCAGAGGUGAACUGCCCCAGUUCCUCUAGGCAAGGACCAGUUGUCAUCACUAAGCUGCUGGGCUGCCCAAGCUUGACUGUGGUUACCACAGAAGCUGCUGGUUUAUGCAGAACCCUUCAGAGGACAUCUGAGAGAGAUUAUGCCCUCACCCCCAUUUAACUUUCAGGAUAAGCAGCAGCAGCUGUACCCUUACAUCAGCUGGGUUUCUGGGACACAUGCUUCCACCUCAUUCCUAACACAGAUCUUGCUUGUUCUGCUAAAACAUGAACCUGUGGGGGAGUUCCUCUAAGGCCAGAGACGUGGACUGUGGAAUACUGCUGCAGCAACCAGUCAUCUAAAAUUUACCACCCAAUUCCACAACUUAUAUUUUGACAAAAAGGGGCUGGAGCAAGGAUGUUUUAAGGAAAUCAACCUGUUUUUGUAGUUUCCAGCAGAGCUCUCUGUUGACCCUUUGGGAGGUUAGUGUCCUCAGAGAGGCACAAUUACGUAUUUUCAUAAGGCCUGUUGCUCUGUGUGGCUUGUGGGAUCUUAGUUCCCCAAUCAGGGGUGGAGUCCAUGCCACAAGCGAUGGAAGCUUUGAGUCCUAACCACUGGACCUCCAGGGAAGUCCCCUGGGUCUUAUUCUUUAAUUAUCAGGGGGUCAGCAGUAUAAGUUCCUGCCCUCCCUGGGACAUGGUCCCUCUGAGACACUAGAGCCUACCCAAAAAAAAGUAGCAAAAAAUACCCACCACAAAGUUUCCAGAAAAGGCUGGACCUUCCCUCUGAAUACAUUGUUGGGCUGCUUCUGUCCCUUUUCUUGCAAUAGUUUUGACACAGAUGACAAGAGGAGGGACAGUAGCUGACAGGCGUUUCUAGAAAACAGGCCUUAUAAAAAUAUGUAAUUUGGGUAGCCUUCUUACAAGAGAGGGAUAUCAGGAGAGGGAUGUAAAUAAAGAGAAAGGGAGUUUGUAAUUGAAGGGACAGAUGGGUGCCCCAGGCAGUCUUUCCUUCUACUCUAGAUCCUUGGGCAGGACCAGGAGAGACAGAGUUUGAUUUCUGGCUCUGACACUCAUCAGCUAUGUGCCCCUUGAAACCAAAUUAAUCGUUCUGUUGAUACAUCUCAAUUCCUUUUUAGUGAAGUGUCAUAAAACUCAAAAAAAAAAAAAAAGAAAAAAACUCAAGAGAACACAUGUGAAGAGGCAAAUUAUAAGACACUGCAAAAAAAAAGUUACCUUUUUAUGCAGGUGCACAUACAUGUGUAUUCUUCUAAUCCAGUGGCUUGUAACCAGAAGCAGGUGGGUUUUUUUUGCUCCCUAGGGAUAUCUGGCAAUGUCAAGACUUUUUUUUAUUGUCACAACUGUAGAAGGGUGCUGUUGGUAUCUAAUGGGUGGAGACCAGGGGUGCUGCUAAACACCCCACGCUGCACUGGGAAGUCUUUCCAAACAAAAAAUUAUUUAAUCCAAAAAUGUCAAUUGUGGCGAGGUUGAGAGACCUUGGUGUAAUAAGCAUUUAUACGGCUUUUAUUUAACCAGGCUAAAUUUUCUCACUGGGCAGCCUCUUCCAAGGGCCACUCCCUCAUCCUCAGGAAAGACAGGAGAAACCACAGAAGUUUAAAGAAUCCCAGGACUGCUUUUAUCCUCCCUUUUCCCCCAGCGCUCCUCUCUUUUUUUCUCAGAAGCACCCUGCUUGCCCACCUUACUCCAGAGACCAAGGGCAGAAAGAGACUGACAGCACAAACCAGCCAAAAGCCUGCCAGGCUGGGAAACGGACCGGUGGUCCGCCAAGAGUUCCGGUUCUAGUUUCCUUAGAGAGAGGGAAGGAUUCUCAAAGUUGAGUGCCUAACAGCAUUUCACGCUAAACCAAGGGAAGGACUAGAUUCCAGAGGCUCAAAACUCACAAAAAUCUGAUUUGCCGCCACCAGCUUUGCAUUUUCAAGGGAGAAGGAAGAAGGGGAGGGUUGAUUCCGGCCAACCCCACCCCCUGCACUACCCAGAGUGCAGCGGUCCCGCUCCUAGGACCCGCCGGGCGGCGAGGACCGCCCCGUCACCUGGAGCAGCGGCAACAGCAGGAGAGGCCGGGCCUGGAGCCAGCAAGGAGCUCACACCGGCUCCAGCGAUCCACACAGGUGGGAGAUUCGAACGCAGAGGGAGUGAAAAUUGCCUCAUGCUCUUCAGUGUUUGCCUGUUCCGCACGCAGCCAGUCGGUGCGGCCAGCGUCCCUGCACCCCAGCCUGCGCCUUCCGCGCGGGGUUGGCCUGGAGGCGGCAGGGGCCUCGCUGCAAGGAGAGCAGGGGCCGGCAGCCAAACGGAUUGAGGAAGGCCGCUGGCCGGCAGUGGGGCACUGGGCCCCUCAAAGAAGUUUGCUGUACCCUGUGUGUCCUCAGAGAUCAUGAUAGCUGUGCACUUUGACAAGCCGGGAGGACCAGAAAAUCUUUACUUGAAGGAAGUGGCCAAGCCCAGCCCAGGCGAGGGUGAAGUCCUACUGAAGGUGGCAGCCAGCGCCCUGAACAGGGCGGACUUACUCCAGAGACAAGGCCAGUAUGCCCCACCUCCAGGAGCCAGCAACAUUUUGGGACUCGAGGCAUCUGGACACGUGGCAGAGCUGGGAGCUGGCUACCAGGGACCCUGGAAGGUCGGGGACCCAGCCAUGGUUCUUCUGUCUGGCGGGGGCCAGGCUCAGUAUGUCACUGUCCCUGCAGAGCUCCUCAUGCCCAUCCCGGCAGGACUGACCAUGUGCCAGGCUGCAGCCAUCCCAGAGGCCUGGCUCACCGCCUUCCAGCUAUUACAUCUCGUGGGAAAUGUGCAGGCUGGAGACUCUGUGCUAAUCCAUGCAGGAGCAAGUGGUGUGGGCACAGCUGCCAUCCAACUUGCCCGGAUGGUUGGGGCUACUCCUCUGGUCACAGCUGGUUCCCAGCAGAAGCUUCAAAGAGCAGAAAAGCUCGGGGCAGCUGCAGGAUUCAAUUACAAAGAAGAGGAUUUUUCUGAAGCAACACUGAAAUUCACUAAAGGUGCUGGAGUCAACCUCAUUCUAGACUGCAUAGGGGGCUCCUACUGGGAGAAAAAUGUCAACUGCCUGGCUCUUGAUGGUCGCUGGGUUCUCUAUGGUCUGCUGGGAGGAGCUGACGUCAAUGGGCCUCUGUUUUCAAAGCUACUUUUUAAAAGGGGAAGUCUGAUUACCAGUCUUCUAAGAUCUAGGGACAAAAAGUACAAGCAGAUGCUGGUGAAGGCUUUCACAGAGCAAAUUCUGCCCCACUUCUCCACGGAGGGCCCUCAACGCUUACUGCCGGUUCUGGACAGAGUCUACCCCGUGGCUGAAAUCCAAGAAGCCCAUGAGUACAUGGAGACUAACAAGAACGUGGGCAAAAUCGUCCUGGAGCUGCCCCAGUGAAGAAGGGGGUAGUACAAGACUUCCGACAGCAAACUUGGGAGAAAACUCUGUACGCAGUCAGGCUAUCGGGCGCCACUCCAGGCUCGCCUGUAACCCCCUAUUCCUCCCCCAGCCUCCUCAAAUUAUCAAUAUAAAGACGGUCUAAGGAAAUAAAGAGUGGACUUGA